AUGGCCCGGCUACCCGGUCGUAACAAGAACGGCCGCGGCCACGUCAAGCCCGUGCGCUGCUCCAACUGCGCUCGCUGCACUCCCAAGGACAAGGCCAUCAAGAGAUUCACCAUCCGCAACAUGGUCGAGUCCGCUGCCAUCCGUGAUAUCUCGGACGCCUCCGUCUUCACCGACUACGCCGUCCCCAAGAUGUACCUGAAGCUGCAGUACUGCGUCUCCUGCGCUAUCCACGGCAAGAUUGUUCGUGUCCGCUCCCGGGAAGGUCGUCGCAACCGUGCUCCCCCUCCUCGUAUCAGGUACAACAAGGAUGGCAAGAAGCUGAACCCCCCUCAGGCCGCCAAGGCUAUGUAA